UACAGUUCAUAUUUGCUUGUUCCUCGGGUUCUCAAUAAGAUUUAUGUUGACGUAGUCGCGAUUUCUUUGAUAGAUACAGACUAGUUUUAUAAAGUAACCAACAUAACUCAAUUUUUUACGCUUCACUUUUUAAUUACCAAAAAAAUAUUACUCCAUUUAUUAGCUGUUGGUUUAUUAAAUAAAUAUUUUGAAAUGGCUAGUGAACAACAGAAAGAUGAAAUAAUAGCAUUGGAGAGUAUUUAUACAAGCGAAGAAUUUUCUUAUAACCAAAACAACGAUCAGUACCAGUGUUCAUUGAAGAUAUUCAUCAGCUUGCCAGAAGGUUUUUAUUUGCUGUAUAAAGACGAGCGUAACAAAGAUGAAGUUGAAGAAAAAGUACCCAUCAGUCAUUUGCCGCCACUUAAAUUAUACAUGACAUUGCCCAAAGAUUACCCAGAGAAGUCACCACCAGAAUUUACUUUGUACUGCUCUUGGAUGACUCCAUACAAUCUGAUAAAACUCUGCAGGAAACUCGACAAGCUUUGGAUUGAAAACAAACCGCAGGAAAUUAUUUUUACCUGGGGUGAAUUUUUGCAAAAUGAAACACUAGAGUUUUUGAAAAUUAAAAAUAAUUUAAAUUUAAUUAAACAGUAUACGUUUUACAAAAAAACUAUCGAUCUUAUGCAGGAAAAAAAAACACGAGUUACAAAAACAAAUCGAUUUAAUAACAGAAACUUUUCCAAAGCGAAUGUGAGCAAACGCAGCAGGGAUGGGAAAAAUAAUUUAAGAAUUGAUAGACGUGGUGUCGUCGACCGCGGUCCUGAGCAAAAUGUAAUCGAGAUGCUGGUGAAUUACAACGAAGAGCGGACGUCCAUCGAGUUUAAAAAGAAUUUCUACACAUGCAAAGUUUGCUUUAUGGACAAAUCUGGGGAGUCUUGCACACAAUUUAAACCCUGUCUUCAUAUAUUUUGCAAGGAUUGCAUUACUGGAUACCUGCAAGUGAGGAUAAAAGAAGGUGCUGUCCAAAACAUAAAUUGUCCUGAGGAAAAGUGCACUUCCGAGGCAUCACCAGCGCAAAUAAAAGAACUCGUUAGUCCGGAAUUGUUUUUGAAGUAUGACUCGACGUUGUUGAGCGCUACUUUGGACACUAUGCUCGACAUUGUUUACUGUCCUCGUCGUCACUGUCAGUAUCCUGUCAGUAAAGAGCCUAAUGAAAAAAUGGCGAGCUGUCCUGCUUGCAACUACGUUUUUUGUAUUUAUUGUAAAAUGGUUUAUCAUGGUAUUGAACCUUGCAAAGUGUCUUGUGCGGAAAAGCAAAAGUUGGUUUCUGAUUAUCAAAAUGCAACAGAAUUAUGUAAACAACAAUUAGAAAAUCGUUAUGGUAAAAAACAAUUACAAAUGCUUGUUGAAAACACAAUGUCAGAAAAUUGGAUUAAUUCAAAUAGCCGUAAUUGUCCUCAUUGUAAUACAGCUAUCGAGAAAUCUGAUGGAUGUAAUAAGAUGACAUGCGGUCGUUGCAAUACUUAUUUCUGCUGGGUAUGUGGUACUCGAUUAAACCCAAGUAUGCCUUACUUCCAUUAUCAGGAUCCUCAGUCAAAAUGUUACAAAUUACUCUACCAAGGAAUGGUCAUAGACGAUGAGGACGAUGAUGAAAUAGAUUUUCCUGCAGUUUAUCUCGACUAUGAUUCAGAGGAUGACGAUCUUUCUGAUGAAGAUUUUGUCAUCGAUUAUGAUAUUUAAUUAAAUUUUUAUAAUACUAUAUAUAUAUACAUAUAUUUAUUUUAAAAUAUUUAAUGAAUUUAUUUGAUAUUAAUAUUUGAAGGUGCUGAGAGUUUAUAUUAAAAUGUACAUAUAGCAAAUAGACGAGUCAAGGCUACGAUUGCAAAUGUGAUAUAUAAUUUUAUUGAUGCGUCAUGAUUGUCAUUAAUGUUCAUCCGUGUUGCACACCAUUGUGAUAACGCCUAGUUUUCUUAAGAUAAAUAUAAAUACAAUAAAAUUAUCUAUUUUAUCAACUCGGUAUUUUAAGUAGCAAUCGGUUAUCUGUUGGUCUCAAUUUAAAUCUUUGUGUAUGUGCAUUUUUUUUUACAUAUAUAUUGUUUAUUAUUAUUGUUAACACUGUAAAUUAAAGCCUCAUGUUCUGUACAAGGUACAUUUAUUUAUUUAGAUAAUUUGAAAUUAAACUAAAUUUUUCUUUUUCAUUUUUUUUUUUUUUUUGUGAAUAA